AUGGCGGCCGUAGGGCCCAUGGGCGCCCAUCUGCGACCCCCGCCACCAAUUGGCAUCCCGUGCCUGCGACUGCGGGAGGCAAAGGCGUCGCGGCGCGCAAGGCACUGCCGACGGCCUCGCGCUGGCGCUGCGGGGGAGUCUGAAUCUGAUCUGCUGGACAAAGUCGCCGCAGAUUUCGCCAGAGGUCUGGAUGCUGGCAUGAGUCCUGAUGAGGUCCUGGAUGCACAACUUGGCAAGCUAAACUUGUCACAGGCACAAGAGGGCUACAGAAACAAGAUAAAGAUGAAACUUUUAGAGAGAGUGGGGGAGCUGAGACAGAAGCAGCGCAAAGAAAACAGGACAUUUGAGCUUGGCAAGCUUGCCUAUUCACGAGGCCAGUAUGAUGCCGCCAGCAAGCUGUUUCAGAAUGCAGUGGCUAAGGUGGGAGCCAACACAUUGACUGGUGGGGAGGCACAGCUGUGGCUGGCCCUUGCAUACCAGGCACUAGGUAAAGAGGACAUGUGCCUGGAGCUGUACAAGGACCUGAAAGAAAACCACGACUGCAAGUCUGUUCGGAAGCAGGCCACGAGCCUCCUGUUCAUCAUGGAGGCACCGAAGCUGAAGAUCAGCAGCGAGGAAAAGGUCAAAAUCCCGGUGCUCUCCAACUUGGAGAGGGCAACUGGCCGUGCCAGGUACUCUGCAAGCGCGUCGGCUGGACCUGUGAAGAGGCGAAAAUACAAGCAAUCGUUCGAGGAGAAGUUCUGGGAGAACUACAAGCCACCAAUACAAGUGUCCAACAAAUACGUCUGGGCAGCCUCUGCCAUGGUCCUGCUGAGCCUGGCAUGGUACUCAACGACCCUCUGA